GACAUCUUUGUGGAGUACAAUUCGUGGACCCAGGCGGAGAAUUACCUGCUGGUGGAGCGUCUCUCCUCCUCGAGUGUCGUGGAGGAAUGGCGUGAAGUGGUCGAGCAGGUGGAUGAGUCGGAAACCUUCAAAACCGAAAGCUAUCGACUGAAAGCCCGCCGAAAGUUCGCAAUUGCGAAGAAUCUUCCCUUGGCAGAUGUCGACUUGGAAGAUGUUAUCAACAGCCCACAGGGGCUUGCUGGGUGGGCAGAGAUGUCUGUGUCAGUGCCUGGCAUUGAAGAGGUUGAUUCCCCCACAGUCCUUGGCGGCUCCUCAGCUCCAGGCACUCCUGCGCCGACCACUGGGAAAAAGCGUGCCUCUGGGGAUGGUAGCCCAGAAGGAAAGCCAAGCAAGAAGCCCAAGGCCAAGAGCGCGGCUGGAAACCAAGCUCGACAGACGGAGAAGGCUGCGAAAGACAUGUUGUGUAGUUUGCAACGCACACAACAGAUCGUAGACAAAGUGGGUGCCGAAAUCGACAAGUUUCCAUCCGAGUGGGGGUGGGCCAAGCCGUUGCUCGAGGACCUGCUCCAGUGGCAGGCCGAUUUUCAAUCGGCCCUCAAGCCCGAACAUGGGGAUGAUUUGACGGAGUUUGUCAACGACCUGAAGCUUAGUGUGAUUUCUCCCUCGGCCCUCCGACAACUCAAGAAAGACCACAAGGAUUCCUUCGUGCGACUGAUGAUGAGCCACCUCGCCGUGAAGAUCGACAACAUGUCCAAGCGGGUGGCCACGGUCUUGGUGAUUUGGGUCUUCGCCCAGAGCAAGGUACCAAACAUGGCCAUGAACAUGUGCGACUACACGCUGGAAAGAUUUUUCCAGAGGGUCAACGAGCAGCUGCCCAUGAUGUUGCCAUCCAAGUUGUUCAGCCUCUACGUGGAGAAACCAGAAGAAACUAUGAUGACCCCGCACUUUGAUCAGGUGACCCUGAGCACCAUGCCAGCUGAGUUCUACACAGCCCAAGAUUACGAUGACGAUUUGGUGAUUCGAAUUCACAAUGCAGAAGAAUUGCGUCUGAUCUAUUCCAAUCUGGAAUACAAAAAGAAGCAACGUGGCAGGGUCCUCAUCCGGAAUGUGCCAGCGCUUGGGCUGCAGAGAAAUUGGCGAUUGGAGCCCAGUGCCGCAUUGCCCGACAUAGGGCAGCUAGAGUACUUGUCUACACCUGUUGAUGUCUGUUUCUGGGUGGGACCACACGAAGCCCGUCUAACGCACAGCUGCCCGCUGUUUGCGCUUGAUGGGGUGUCAAUUGAGAGUUGGGGCAUAGAUGUCAUGCACGCUUGGCACCUAGGCCCUCUACAACAACUUGUCAGUAUGACAUUGCGUUUCUUCAUAAAGUCAGGCCUCUUUAAUGCGAGAUCCAGCAACAUCCAUGCAGCUGACCAACAGGAGAUUGCCCUGCAAACUAUAAAAUCUGAGCUUUUCUUGUUCUACAAACUGCUUCGGAACACGGAUGAAGAAUGGAAACGCAAGGGGAGCGAGGCUGGAACUUUCCAAAUAUGA